UAGAUUCCUGGAUAGCAAGGGGAUCCGAUGGCAGCCACAGUCUACUUUGUCAUCUUGGUUUUACUUGUAGCCAACACUGCAUGUACUCGAAUUGCAAGGCAGGUCUAUGAGGUUACCCAUCCAGAUGACUGGACUGCGCUCUCUUUUGAUUGUCCUCCAGAAUGUUUCUGUCCUCCCAGUUUCCCUAAUGCUUUAUACUGUGAAAACAGAGGCCUGAAGGAAAUCCCCUCCAUCCCUUCAAGAAUAUGGUAUCUUUAUCUGGAAAACAACCUGAUAAAAACCAUUCCUGAGAAGCCUUUUGUGAAUGCCACCCAACUGCGAUGGAUAAAUCUCAACAAAAACAAAAUCACUAACUAUGGCAUUGAGCGAGGGGCCUUGAGCCAACUCAAGAGGCUGCUUUUCUUAUUUCUGGAAGAUAAUGAGUUGGAGGAGGUGCCUGCCCCGCUUCCCAGAAGUUUAGAACAGUUGCAGCUAGCAAGGAACAAGGUCUCUAGGAUUCCUCAAGGGACCUUCAGCAACUUGGAGAAUCUGACCCUCCUUGAUCUUCAACAUAACAAACUUUUGGACAAUGCUUUCCAAAGAGACACCUUCAAAGGCCUUAAGAACCUCGUUCAACUCAACAUGGCCCAAAAUGCCCUCAGGAACAUGCCACCCCGGUUACCCGCCAAUACAAUGCAACUAUUUUUGGACAACAAUUCCAUCGAGGGGAUACCGGAAAAUUAUUUCAACGUGAUCCCCAAGGUGGCUUUCCUGAGGCUCAAUUAUAACAAAUUAUCAGAUGCAGGCCUCCCCACCAGCGGUUUUGAUGUCUCUUCAAUUCUAGAUCUACAGUUGUCUCACAAUCGACUCACCAAAGUUCCACGAAUCAGUGCUCACCUUGAGCAUCUCCAUCUCGAUCAUAACAGAAUCAGAAGUGUUAAUGGUUCAGUGAUGUGUCCAGCCACCCCUGCUUUGGCAGGAAUGCGUGAUUCCCUCAGCGAUGGACCCCGCCUCCGCUACCUUCGCCUGGAUGGAAACGAGAUUAAGCCCCCAAUCCCAAUGGAUUUAAUGGUCUGCUUCAGGCUCCUCCAGUAUGUCGUCAUUUAA